GACUCCGCAGAGGCAGGGGCAGGGAGGGACGGUAGCUCUACCAGCUGCUUUUAGACUCUGCUGUCAAUAUCCAGAAUGACUGCCUUUUGUGUGAUGAAACUUUUAUGUCAAGCAACCAGAAAUGAGAAUAGACAUGCAAAAAGAUUCUUUGGUGCUCUUCUGACACAAACACCACAAAAGAGGGUCUUUUCUCCAUUCUGGAUGGUGGUACCUGACCCUGACCCUAGAAAGCCAACUGUGUUUGGACUUACUCAACCAUUUUGUACAGCUGAAAAAUCUCACACAGAACCAAAAAGGAAAGCAGCAUUUGGAAGUGUUGGGCGAAGAAUUCCCUAUCGGAUUUUGCACGUAAUCAACCAGGAUGGAGAGAGCUUAGGAAAUAUGCACCGAGCAGAGGCACUCAAACUUAUGGAUCAACAUGACCUGAAACUAGUUCUCCUUCGUGAGAAUGCAGAACCUCCUGUAUACAGACUAAUGACUGGGCAGCAGAUUCACGAAGAACAGCUUAAACGUGCAGAGAAGAAGAAAGCAAGUCCAAAACCAGGGGUGGUUCAGAAGGAGUUAUCCUUUUCUUCAGCUAUUGCCAAGAACGACUUAGAGACCAAGACUAAGCAGAUAGCACAGUGGAUUGAAAAGAAAUACCAUGUUAAGGUUACCAUCCGGCAAGCAAAAGAUAGCAAUACAGACAUGUUCAUGCUUUUUGAUCAGAUUUUGGAUAAUGUGUCCGAGAAAGCCACUUAUCUUUCCAAGCCAAAAGUUACUAGAGAAGGGGUGAGUACCUGUAUUUUGAGACACAUGUCUGACAAAGAGUUGAAAGCAUACCAGAAGAUGGAAAAACAGAAAAACAGUACAGUAAAGAAAGAUGAAAAUGAAGAUCUGAAGUCAAAUGAGUUGCAUCAGUGACUUUAUGAAGACGUGUAAACAAUAUUGAUUUUUUAUUUAAA